AUGAUGGCAACAAGCGGGCUAUGGAUGGGAAAUCGAUAUGACAGUGAUAUUGGAGCACAAAUUGAUCCCAAGAAAGAAAAUAAAUCACAGAAUUCUGAGCACACAUUGGGAAAUUCCUCUGGAGGAAAGGAAACAAAACACGAGCAACAUUCUUACCGAAUAUCUACCAAAGAUGGUAGCAGAGAACGAGGGAAGACUACGACUGAGAAAGAGAACAAACCAACAGUUUUGCUGGAUGCACGUGUUCGUCAUCUUAAGGAUCAGCUUAUUAGGGCAAAGGUUUAUCUUUCCCUCUCUGUGACUCGAAACAAUCCCCAUUUUAUAAGAGAGCUCCAACUGCGUAUGAAGGAAGUCAUACGAGAAAUUGGGGAUGCCACCAAGGAUUCCGAGCUACCAAAAAAGUAA